UUUAAGAUGAAGUAACCGGGCUUAAUCUUGAUUUUAUUAAUUGAAAAACAGGGGAAAAAACGAAAAGAAAAGUCGUUGGAUUAUUACAUCAUUCUUAUCCUCACUAUGCCAUAAAGAUUAAAAAAUAACACCCCAUUUAUUUUGCAUAUCAAUGAUCUAUCAGGUCUUGGAUCAGUAUUUGAUAAUCUGUAAUCUGGUUUAAUUGAUGGCUAACUCAAAUAAUAACCGAUUUUAUAGCUGCAAUAAUUGUUGGAACCCUGUUGCCUUAAAAGAGGACCUCCUUUCUAAGGCUUUUGUGGUAAUAUUUGAAAAUUUAGUGUUAAUUAUGUUUAAGUCUAAAUUUGAGAAGCAACUCAUUACUGGCAAGUUCACAAUAGCUGAUAUAUAUUGCAUCAAAUGUGGCCAAGUUUUGGGUUGGAAAUAUUUUCGAGCCCAUGAUCCAAAGCAAGCAUACAAGGAAGGCAAUUACAUUAUAGAGCGUGCUAAGCUAUUCAAAGGAAAUUAAUCCCGAU